AUGAAUGCUUAUGGGGGAGGUAGUCAGUCAAUGAAAAAGAGCAUAAAUUCAAGAUUAGACAUUGACAUCAACUGUAAGGAUUCGGAGGACAAGGCACUAGUACUUCUUUCAGAAGAGAAGAGCAAUAACUCUGGGGAACUUUUGUUGAACUCAGGAACGGAUGUUAAUGUCAAAACAAUAGGAUUGAACUCGGAAAGAAAAACUUUAUUUGUAAGCACAAAACUAGGUCACACAUAUUUUAUGCACAUUCUGCUCAAAUGGAAAACCAAUGUCAAUGAACUAAACGGUUUUCAUAAUAAAACAGCUUCACAUUUGUUCAUUCAACGUGGAUAUGAAUACAUUUCGUACAUUCUAUUGGUUGCGGGUGCUGAUGUAAAUCUGGCUUACAAGAGAGGUGAAACAGCUUUUCAUUAUGCUGCUUGGUUUGGAAUGAAGAAACUCGUCAAGUCGCUUUUAGAAAGAGGUGCGUUACAUUACUCAACAGGAUAUGGGAGCAACGAUAUUGUCGUGUUGUUACUUGAAGCUGGAGCCUCAGCAGACAUCAAAGACAGGGGUGGUGGAACAGCGUUAUUUGAUGCUGCCUUGUUCGGGUGUAUGGAAACAACUUUAACGCUACAGAAAUUUACUAACGAUCUUGACGCCGGUGACCAAUACAACAAUACAGCUUUACACUACAGCUCCCAGAGUGGACUAACAGAAGUCGUGAAGACGUUACUUGAAGCCGGAGCUAAUGUUGACUCGAGGAGCCAGUUAGGGCGAACCCCGUUGUUCUGCAGUGUAUUGAGUAAAAACAUUGACGUCAUGAAAGAGAUUAUUCAACACGGCGCUAACCUUGACAUUGACGACGAUUUCGGUCAGUUAGCAUUGGAUAUCGCAAUUAUGUACUUAAAUGACGAAGCAGUAGCAGUUCUAAGACAAUAUGGCGCUAAAUCUUCAAAAGAAAACAAAGUGAAAAUGGAGGUAGUUAUGGAUUUUUCAAAAAGUGAAAUGGAGUUUGAAAAAAUGAUAGCACUAGUUAGUAACGUGACACCCUUUGCAAGUGAUAAUACUUCCCAAAGUACUGAUACCGUACCAUCUGUGGAUACAACACCAACAAUUUCUACCACUACUCUACAUGCAAGUGAUUAUACUAACCCAAGUACUCAUACUGAACCAUCUAUGAAUACAACACCAACAGCUUCUACAGUUACUCUAGAUGCAAGUGAUGAUACUACCCCAAGUACUGAUACUGCACCAUCUGUGGAAAUAACACCAACAACUUCUACCACUACUUCAGAUGCAAGUGAUGAUUUCCUUGACGUAAUUCGGUGUGCUCUAAAUACCGAAGUGACUAAAAAUUUUGAAAAUCAAAGUACUAGCAGCACUGGAAAUAUUCAUGUAAAUAUGAAUGUAAAUUACAAUCCAACCAUCAUUAAACACUGCGAAGAAUUAAACAUAAAGAAUCCAAAGUACGUAGCCUUCGACAGCAAAAUAAAUCUCUUUGCUGAGAAAUCCUAGAGCAUCGUUUAACGGCUGGACAACUUCAUUCGACAAGUUUAGAGAAUUCUGUGAGAGAGGACUCUCCAUAGGUUAGAUCUAGCCAGCGAAUGACUCCUUUAGUGGAGCACAACACUGCUCUACUGGCAUCUUACUUGAGUACAGAGCAGACUGUGUUUGUGUAGUAUAUAGAUCAAAUGUAGACUACGUUUAGACAAUAGCUAUACAAUAAGUAUACAAUAUUAGUUAUGUAGACCAAUGAAGAUUUGUUAAAAGUGUUAUUUGACUUGACUUAGACAAGAGACAUCUCUCUGUAUCUGAAUAUAUUAUGAAUACUGAAAUAAUGUUAGAAGUCAAACUUAGUGACUAAUUUAGUAGCUGUUUUAACUAUUUCUUACAAAUAUGUUAAGCCAUAUAGACACGAGUCAAUAUUUUAGUAUUUUACAAGCACACGUGUAUUAUUCGUUAUUUUUACUGUUAUUCAUUAUUCUAUUUUAUCUUCUAAAUUUUAAGACUAAAAAUUUCACAUUUUUUGUCAAUGUCUUCUUAUUGUAUUAAGCCUAAAGACGGUAGUUCUUUUACAUUUGUGUAAGUGCACCCAAUAAACAUUCUAUUACUGUAAAACAUUAAAAGAUCUCUCAACUUGCUGUCUGCACCUCCAUAUCUAAAUUUUAAAAAGACGUAAUAUAGAAACAAUUUUAUAAACAUCUUUUGAAAACACAUAUUUUUAUAUAUCUACACAGUUGUAACUCUAUUUAAAAUUGUAUACUAUAAAGCUAAUAAACAAACU